AUGUCCUGGUUCUCUUCACAAUCCUCAAACUCAUCAAAAGAUGCUACCAACUUUUACCCCGUCACAUCGUAUCUGAGUGGGUAUGGUGAACUUACAUCUGCCGAUACCGCUUGGGCAAACACCUCGAAUAAGGGAUUCCAGACCGAGACUCAAAUAUGGUAUACAGUCUUGGAAGAUGGGACUUGGAUAAUGGUCCAGAUCAUCUGGUCAUACGUUGGCAUCUUCCUUGUUCCAGCAACAACCCAAAUGACAUUCAAAGUGUACAACCCUCACACUCAAAAGUCAACUUGGAGAUCGAUCAAUGCCAGUGGAGCGAAAUUCGAUAAACAAAAUUUGAAGACUGACCAAUUUGAAAUCAAACAUACCGGAUCACCCACUACUGAAGAAGUAUAUCACAUCGUGGCAGAUUUAGAUAAGAAUGUUCAUCUGGAUGUCAAAUUCACUAAGCCUGCUGAAGCACCUGGAUUCAAAUUUGGUCAAGGUGCUCAAGGUGGAAUCUCAACUUUUGGAAAAGACAGAGAGGAGGCCAAGAGAGAUGGAUUUGUCGUUCACCGAUUCCACCCAUUCUCUUUCUCAUCAGGAACUGUUACCGUCGAAGAUAAACCUCUGGACGUAAAAGGUGAUGGAAUGUUCGUACAUGCCAUUCAAGGUAUGAGACCUAAUCUGGUCGCGACCAGAUGGAAUUUCGCUUUCUUCACUACCACACCCGGUGCCGACGAUCCUAAGUUAGGUGGAGUCAGAGCUGUCCAGAUGGAAUUUGAGACCACUGACGAAUACGGCCCCAAAGGCUCCAAAUCAGGUCGAACCAAAGUCAACAUCGGCGCCAUCUACACCACCAAACAUUCCCCAUUGAUCGUCACUGGUCAAACUCACUUAUCACCAUCUUCCACCGACGUCUAUCCCCAUCCUACUGAUUCUAUCUCCUCGGCUGUUCACAAAUCACCCGUCAAAGAUAAAGAAACUGGUUACCUGGUUCCUUCGUCGAUCGAGUUCGAAUGGUCUGCUCAAAAAGUCUCGGGAGAAGGAAAAGUAUCGGCGAAAGUUGUUCAGGACGUUGCUGGAGCGAUCGUGGGACAGGGAGGAUUAAUUGAGAAAGUCGAUGUCCUGGCGGAGAUUCCUUAUGUCAUUAGGAAGGGAUUGGCAGCUGUGACGGGUACGAAGCCGUAUAUCUACCAGUACCAUAACCCCGCUACGCUCAACGUUGAGAUCGACGGUGAAUCAAUCCCCGUCAAGGGAUACCUGUUCAACGAAGCUUCCUUCGUGUCUGAAUAA